AUGGGUGAUAAUCAGAGAAUGUGGUGGCAGCAAUACACCGACACCACCAAUGUCAGACAUUUGAAAUACAUGAGGAGCACUCGGGAGCCCUAUGUCCAGCUGGAGGAUCAAGUGCUCAUCAACCGCCACGACAUCACUUGGAAAAAGGAUGCCUGGGACAUGGAGGAGUUCAUCACCCGCAUGUACAUCAAGCAGCUGCUCCGACACCCGGUCUUCCAGCUGCUGCUGGCGGUGCUGCUGGUGAUCAACGCCAUCACCAUCGCUCUCCGCACCAACUCCGCCCUUCACCAGAAACACUAUGAGUUGUUCUCUACCAUAGAUGAAAUUGUGCUGACCAUCCUUAUCUGUGAGGUUCUUCUCGGCUGGUUAAACGGCUUCUGGAUUUUCUGGAAGGACGGCUGGAACAUCCUCAACUUCCUUAUCAUCUUUACCUUGCUCCUGGGGUUCUUCAUUAAUGAACUCAAUGUCAUCGCUAUCACCUACACCCUCAGGACGCUGCGUCUGGUGCACGUGUGCAUGGCAGUGGAGCCCCUGGCCCGCAUCAUCCGCGUCAUCCUGCAGUCGGUGCCCGACAUGGCCAACAUCAUGGCCCUCAUCCUCUUCUUCAUGCUGGUGUUCUCUGUAUUUGGGGUCACUCUCUUUGGUGCAUCCGUGCCCAUGCAUUUCCAGAACAUGCAGGUUGCCCUGUACACUCUCUUCAUCUGCAUCACCCAGGAUGGCUGGCUGGACAUCUACAAUGAUUUUCAGAUGGAAAAGAGGGAAUAUUCAGUGGAGUUUGGGGGUGCCAUCUACUUUGCCAUCUUCAUCACCAUCGGUGCCUUCAUUGGCAUCAACCUGUUGGUUGUUGUGGUAACCACCAAUCUGGAGUUAAUGAUGAAGGCGGGAGAGCAGCAGGGGCAACUGCAUCAAAUGAACUUCAGCAAGAUGGGUGACCUGGAUCAGGAUAAGAGUAAUAAGCUGCCACUGGUGCACUGUGUGGUCGCCCGUUCCGAGAAGUCUGGCCUCCCCCAGGAACCGCUUACGGGGGCCCCCCUGUCAAAUCUCUCAGAAAACACCUGUGACAACUUUUUCUUGGUGCUGGAGGCAAUACAGGAGAACUUGAAGCAGUACAAGGAGAUUCGAGAUGAGCUCAAUGAUAUAGUGGACGAGGUGCGCUCCAUCCGCUUCAACCAGGAGCAGGAGGAGGAGCUGAUGCAUAGGCACUGGUCGCUGAGCCUGUCGCUGGAGAGCGGGUCCUCCAUAGACAUCCGUGAAAUGACCCGCCAGCAGGACUUGAUCACUGCGCUCAUCACAAGAGACAAGGUUCAGGAAUCUACAACAAAUAUGCUCCUUAAUAAACGUAAGGCCAGCCGCUGA